AUGGCCGGGCAAUCCUUGGAGGUGCCGGAUGGCAUGGAAGACCCAGGUUCCCCCGUUUCUCAGUCUGGGGGCAUUCCGACCUCGAAAUCACAGCGGAGCAUCAUAGCAGGCGCUAGUGAAAGAGAUGACCGAACGGACGUUCACGGGAAUAAGAUCACAAAGGGAUCAAAAACAUAUAGGUGCAGCUUUAGAGACGAAGUCGAGCAAGAGCCGAUCCACGACAUCAAAGAAGUCCAGUCCUUCAAGCAGCCUGGGCUCGGCCAGCAGCUUCAAGACAGUGACAAUAAGAAUUGCUGCUCGCUAAUGUGA